AUGUCGGGCGCAAACACCAUCAAGGUCGUGGCCCGUUUUCGACCGCAAAACAAGAUCGAACUUGCAUCUGGCGGUCAGCCGAUUGUCAGUUUCGAUGGCGACGACACAUGUAGUCUCCAGUCCGCCGAGGCGCAGGGCUCCUUCACAUUUGAUCGUGUAUUUGGUAUGGAUACAAGACAAUCGGACAUUUUCGACUACUCCAUCAGACCUACCGUGGACGAUAUCCUCAACGGCUACAAUGGAACCGUCUUCGCAUAUGGCCAAACAGGUGCCGGAAAGUCCUAUACCAUGAUGGGAACCAGUAUAGAGGACGAGCUAGGGAAAGGUGUUACUCCACGUAUCGUCGAGCAGAUCUUCAGCAGUAUCAUGUCGAGCCCGGCCAAUAUCGAGUACACCGUACGAGUUAGUUAUAUGGAAAUCUAUAUGGAGCGCAUUCGCGAUUUGCUCCAACCACAAAACGACAACCUACCUGUACACGAGGAGAAGAAUAGAGGCGUCUACGUCAAGGGACUUCUUGAGUUGUAUGUUUCCAGUGUCGAGGAAGUGUUCGAGGUCAUGACCAGAGGAGGAAAUGCUCGAGCCGUUGCUGCGACCAACAUGAACCAGGAAUCCUCGCGCUCCCAUUCCAUUUUCGUCAUUACCAUCACCCAGAAGAACGUUGAAACGGGCUCGGCCAAGAGCGGCCAGCUGUUCUUGGUCGAUUUGGCUGGUAGUGAAAAAGUGGGCAAGACGGGCGCAAGUGGUCAGACUUUAGAAGAGGCAAAGAAGAUCAACAAGAGUCUGAGUGCUCUUGGUAUGGUCAUCAACGCCUUGACCGAUGGCAAAUCCUCACAUAUCCCCUACAGAGAUUCAAAGUUGACAAGAAUAUUGCAAGAGUCACUAGGAGGUAACAGCAGGACGACGCUCAUCAUCAACUGUUCGCCCAGUAGUUAUAACGAUGCCGAAACGCUUAGUACGAUGCGUUUCGGCAUGCGUGCCAAAUCUAUCAAGAACAAGGCCAAGGUCAACGCAGAGCUCAGUCCUGCUGAGCUCAAGGCUAUGCUCAAGAAGUCUCAGCUUUCUAUCGCCAACUUUGAGAAUUGGGCAUCAGCAGCAGAUAGCGAGCUUUCCGUAUGGCGCGCCGGCGAUACCGUGCCUAGAGAAAAGUGGACGCCUGCUUUUGGCACAGACGGCGUUGUUGCCAUGAAACCUGAAGCAAAAGCGCCCCGACCCUCUACACCAUCUCGAUUGAUACCAGAUAGCCGUGCCGAAACUCCUGCACUCACUGAGCGAUCCGGCACUCCUAGCAUACCUCUAGAUAAGGACGAGAGGGAAGAAUUCCUCCGAAGAGAAAAUGAACUGCAGGACCAGCUGGCCGAGAAGGAGACGGCAGUAGCGGCUGCAGAGAAGAGUUACGCGGAAUCCAAGGAGGAGCUUGCAUUUAUCAAGGAACAUGACAGCAAACUCGGAAAGGAGAAUGAGAAACUCACGACCGAGGUAAACGAGGCUAAGAUGCAGCUCGAAAGGUUGUCGUUCGAGAGCAAGGAAGCUCAGAUUACCAUGGAUGCUUUGAAGGAGGCCAAUUCCGAGCUCACAUCUGAAUUGGACGAGGUAAAACAGCAACUGCUGGAUGUUAAGAUGAGCACAAAGGAGACAAGUGCGGCUCUUGACGAGAAAGAGAAGAGGAAAGCCGAGAAGAUGGCCCAAAUGAUGGCCGGAUUUGACCUGGGCGGCGACGUGUUCAGCGAAAAUGAGCAAGCUAUUGCCAGAGCGAUCCAGCAGGUUGAAGCUUUCUACGAAUCCAGCUCUUCGGGCGAUGUGAUUCCACCGGACGACUUGCAUGAUCUCAAAUCGAGAUUGGUCGAAACACAAGGUAUCAUCAGACAAGCCGAGCUCUCGCUUUACAGCACUGCCUCCGGCGAUUCUGACGCUCGCCGGAGGGCUGAAUUGGAGAUCCGCCUGGAGACGUUGCAACAGGACUACGAAGAGCUGCUGAGCCGAAACUUGACGGAGGCCGACACGGAAGAAAUCAAGACUCGACUCAGGGAGGCAUAUUCCAACAAGCAAACCACCCAGAUUGAACUUGUUGAUGAGCUUAAGGCAGAUAUCGCCCAGAAAACUACCGAGAACUCUCGUAUGAAGACUCUCAUUGAUGACUUGCAGACCCGUCUGAAGUCCGGUGCAGUAGCAGCGCCCAACGUGGCCAAUGGCAAGACCGUGCAGCAACAGAUUGCGGAGUUCGACGUCAUGAAGAAGAGUCUAAUGCGCGACCUGCAAAACAGGUGUGAACGUGUUGUCGAGCUCGAGAUCAGCCUCGAUGAGACUCGGGAGCAGUACAACAAUGUGCUGCGUUCUUCGAACAACCGAGCCCAACAGAAGAAGAUGGCCUUCCUCGAGCGUAACCUUGAACAGCUGACCCAGGUCCAGCGCCAACUUGUCGAGCAGAACGGUGCCCUCAAGAAGGAGGUUGCCAUCGCAGAGCGCAAACUGAUCGCACGAAAUGAGCGUAUCCAGAGCCUAGAAAGCUUACUGCAAGAUAGCCAGGAGAAACUCACUGCCGCGAACCACAGGUGUGUAAAACACCUUCAAUUCGAGUCUCAACUCACCGCUGUCAAGGAACGUCUCGAGGCCGCAAAAGCGGGCUCGACUCGUGGUCUGAACGCACCGGCCGGCAACGGUGGAUUCAGCUUUGGUAGCCGCAUCGCCAAGCCCCUACGGGGAGGAGGUGACAGUGCUCAGGCACAGGUCCCUACUAUUGCCAACCUACAGAGCGAGAGCGGUGCUAGCAAUAAGAGAAGCAGCUGGUUCUUCAAUAAGUCGUAG